AUGAAAAAUGUGCCUCUGCAAAUGAAUUAUUUUUUUUUCCCCUGGAGGGUGUGUGUUGUUAAGGUAGUAUGUUUCAUUUAUGAAAUAAGAGAAGACUAACUGUUAAACUUUUUUUCAGGUAUUUUUGUUGAAAGUAGAUAAAAUGGCGACAUUAAUUCACACUUUAGCAGAUCAUAGUGAUGAUGUCAACUACUGUGCCUUCUCAUCGUCGUGCUUGGCUACUUGUUCCUUGGACAAAACAGUUCGCGUUUAUUCUUUAAGCAACUUUGCUGAGCUUCCGUACUCGCCUUUAAAAGGUCAUACAUAUGCUGUCCACUGCUGCUGCUUCUCUCCAUCAGGACAUGUUUUAGCUUCGUGUUCAACAGAUGGCACUACUGUGGUUUGGGACACUCGUGAUGGUCAGAUGCUGGCAGUGCUAGAGCAGCCCAGCAGCAGUCCUGUUAGAGUCUGCAGAUUUUCUCCUGAGUCCACAUACCUAGUGUCAGGGGCAGCGGAUGGGAGUGUAGUUCUUUGGAACAUGCAGUCAUUGAAACUGUACAGAUCUGGGAAUGUUAAAGAUGGUUCUUUGGUGGCCUGUGCGUUUUCUCCUAAUGGAAAUUUCUUUGUCACUGGAUCAUCGUGUGGUGAUUUAACCAUUUGGGAUGAUAAAAUGAGAUGCCUGUAUAAUGAAAAAGCACAUGAUCUUGGCGUUACCUGCUGUGAUAUUUCUUCACAGCCAAUUUCUGACGGUGAUCAUGGAUUCACAUACUUCCAGAUGGCUUCUUGUGGUCAAGAUAAUCAGAUCAAACUCUGGCUUACUUUGUUUGCAGAUUUCUUAGGUGUUGAAUUAAAAUAUAAAUGCACAUUGAAAGGACAUUCUGCACCAGUUCUGGCUUGUGCAUUUUCUUAUGAUGGGCAGAUGUUAGUUUCAGGGUCUGUGGACAAGUGUGUCAUAAUACAUGAAACUAGUACUGGCAGUACCCUUCAUACUUUGUCUCAGCAUACCAGAUAUGUUACAACUUGUGCUUUUGCACCAUGUAGUCCCUUACUUGCCACAGGUUCAAUGGAUAAAACUGUGAACAUAUGGCAGUUUGACCUUAAGCAACCCUGUGCAGGUUAG